GCUUGCAAAAAGCGUCUAAAGUUGUAUAUUAAUGGCUUGAGAUAUGAAUAACAACGAAAUCGAGCAUGAAACGUAAGUAAUUCCUCAUUUUUUUCCUCGUUUGGUCAGGUACAGAUUCGAUUGCCGAGUUUGCAAAAACGAAUUCUUCCUUAAAAGUUUUGAAUUUCGCGCGCUGGUGCGCUGGGCAAUGACUAAUGCGUAGAUGUCGCGCCAUUUUUUCUUAACCUUUCUUAUUGGUUUUUAUCAUUGUUUGAAUUGAAGCUUGUCACAUUUUCGUGCCGGUAAGAGUUGUUUAGGUGUUAUGUGCGCAAAAUAAGAGUUAUCAUCCCAAGUGGGUACAAUGGAAACGCAAUCCAACUGUCUCUUCAUCACUUUUGUGGAGAAAGAAGGACCGUUUUUGAAAGUGUGGGGGCAAACAGACAAAAACACGUCGCUCUAUAUUGAGCAAGUCUUGCAUAGUUUCACGACUCAAUUCGAUAACGGUUUUUGCAUUCCUCAUCCGGAAUCGCUGCAGAUCGGUAUUUUGUGCUGUGCGAAAUACAAAGACAACAAGUACUACCGCGCGAGAAUCACCAAUUUGAACUACUUGCAUAACAGAUACAUCGAGGUUAAUUUUGUCGAUUAUGGCCACCAGGAUGUUGUCCCCGUCUCGAACAUAAGGUCUUUGGAAGGGUUCGACACUGCAUUUAUUUCUAUACAGCCGCAAGCUAGUAAUUUUUUGCUAGCUGAAGCGGUGUGUCCUCGGGGGGAGUGGAACGAAGUGUACCUUGAGGAGAUUUGCAAGGAAAUUCGAUACACUGAAGUUAACUUUAGCAUUAUUGGUCAAGUCACUAAACACUAUCUUGUCAGGCUGUUUGUGGGGGUUAAUGAUUUGGCGAUUAUUUUGAUUUCAAAGGGGCUUAUGAGACACACGUCGCUCACUACUCAGGAAGCCGUGCUUCUGUCCAUGAUGCCGAGGGCUCCGCUCCAGCCGCCUGCGACGCCGCAGCAGAAUAUUGCCACCUACAAGGCUUUUACCCUUGAACCGGGAAGCCAGUAUGAAGUUUAUGUGUCUUAUGUUACCGACGGACCUUGCAACUUUUCUGUUCAGUUGAAACAAUCUGAAGAAGUCUUGGGGAAAUUAAUGAAGGAAAUUAAUUCGAUGACACUGACACCCAUUGAGGGGAUUCCCAUUCCUGGAACCGUCUGCUUGGCGAGAUGUACGGAAGAUGGACAUAUUUGCAGGGCUGUGGUUACCAAUGAAGUUGAUGGGCAGUUCAAGGUAUUCUACGUAGACUUCGGCAAUUUCGAAGUCAUCUCUUUAGAAUCCCUCUACGAAAUCCCGUUCAAAUUCGUAAUUCCCAAAGUCAUGGCUAUCCGUUUCGCACUCGCGGGCGUUGAAAAAUCCACCGUUACCCUCGAAAUGCAAUGCGCCUUCAAACAAUUCGUCGACAAUCGUCUUAUCCACAUGAAAGUCAUGCCAAUGACGACGAGAACAUCACUUCCUCGUUGCGAACUCUGGGAUCCCGAAUCGGGAAUCAACGCUUUGGACAUCGUGACAAAAGCCGCCUCGUCGAGCUAUCCAGACCACAUUUCACUCCAUCGCGGUUUUACACAAACCGUCAAAAUCAGUUUUGUCUUUAGCUGUAAUCGUUUUUACGUCCAGUUGAAAGCGAAACAGGACGAUUUGUUGAGACUCAUGUUAGAUAUUCAAGUUUUGUGUCGCGAAGCUGACUCUUUCAAAAGUAACAUGGUUAAAGUUGGUUUGCCUUGCUACGCAUUAUAUGAAGGAGAUCAGCAGUGGUAUAGAAGUCAAAUUGUUGAAGUGUUAGGCGCUGGACAGGUUAAAGUGCAUUAUGUAGACUACGGGAAUGAGGAAGUCGUGUCGGUGAAUUUACUCAAACCAAUUGAAGGGAAACAAUUAACGAUUUUGAGGCCUCAAGCUAUUGAAUGUUGUCUCAACGGUUAUCAGAAUAUGGAACCGGAUCUGGAACGUGACAAUCUACUAGAAGAACUUAUUUUGGAGCAAGAAUUUACGAUGAAAGUUGUGGAAAUGCAAGGGAAGAAAGCAUUGGUCGAACUAAUCGAUUCGGCGAAUUAUAAUGUGGCGUCUUUGUUGUUGGAUAAAAUCGCAGUUACUAGGUCUCAAGUCAGUCCGAUGUUGGUACAAGCUGGUAAUAAAAUCGAACAUAGAAAAUAUUCACAACCUUUCAACUCGAGAGAGCAGCCAGAAAGGACAGAUCAACGUAAACCAGGCGGGCAAAGACACUGGGGUGAUUCCCUAAAUGGCAAUCCUGCAUGGAGGCAGGAUGCUAGAGGACCUCGAAGCCGAGACAGCUUCGAAUCGACCGAAACCAACGAAAAUAAUACUUGGAGACAGAACAACAAGGGUUUCAAUAAAAAUUACGAUCGAAAUAAACGAGACGAAUUAAACGAUUCGACCGAUAGCGAAAGACACAGUACUAAAAGUUUUAAUCGAAACGAUAGAAAUAGAAACGAAUCAAACACUAGAAACACUGAGGGUGGUCCUUGGAAACAAAACAGUGGUUUCAAUAAAAGCCAGGACAGAUUUAGUAGGGAUCGGAAUAAUAGGAAUAAUGACUGGGGUGGCAAUGGAGAUGAGCGUAAAAAUUUCAGAGAGAAAGACAGUUGGGGUGGUGGUAGAACCAACGACCAGCAAAAUAAUUUCAAAGAGAAAGGCGAUUGGGGUAGUGGUAAUGACCAACAGAAUAUCAAUUCACCAGAUGAUGGUUGGGGUAGCAGCAAGGAAAAUAAUAGACAGACUUUUAAUCCAAGAGGAAGGAAAGGCGAUUGGGAUAAUAAUCGCGAAAAUGAUAAGCGUAAUUUUAACUCGCGAGAAAACAAUGAUUGGGGUGAUAAUAAACAGGAUAAGGAAUGGGGCGGUAGGGGAGACCGUAAAGGUUUUCAGCCGAGAGAUAGAGACAAUUUUAAGCCGAGAAAAAGAUUUGACGACGGCAACAGUGAUUGGAAUAAUGGAGAUAAAGAUGGUUUCAAGCCCAGGAAAAGAUUUGAAGACGGUGGUGGUGACUGGAAUGCAGAUUCGACACAUAAGUCUGGCGGUUUUAAAAAGAGGGAAUUCAAGCGAGAGACAAGCGAACUUAGUUCGAGCGGUUCUGAGAAAAGUUUCCGAAAAGGGGCCUUCAAAGACAAUUUCCGGAAAAAUAAACCAGAUUUUAAAAAGCCAGACAGGUCACCGAGAGGUAAUUUUGUGGACGAUUCUGGUGAUACAUGGAAUGUGAGUGCUAGUACCACUAUUGAGGUUCCAAACGCCGCCCCAAGCACAGCCAAGUUUACAACUUUAAAUGUCGACAACACCGAAGCCACUGUUGUGAUUAGUUGGUUUCAUAAUCCGUCACAAUUUUAUUGCCAGAUCGAAAGUACUCAAGACGAAUUCAAGCGAAUGAUGGAAGAAAUCCAACAAGCGUACAAAGGCCGUCAACCAGGUACUGCAGCUGUUGGUGCCCCCGUUAUCGGUUUAUUCCCCGAAGAUCGUGUCCUCUAUCGUGCAGAAGUCUUGGAGACUUUGGCCUCACAAUAUAAAGUCUAUUACGUCGAUUUUGGUAAUGUUUCUGUGAUAGAUAAAGUGUGGCCCAUCGAAACGCGAUUUAUGGAACUACCCGCUCAAGCGAUUUGUUGUAAAUUGAGUGGAAUUGAACCACCGACCGACACCUGGCCUGAAGCGAAUAAUUACGGUCAAUAUUUUGACAAGAAGCAGUUCUUUUGUAAAUUUAUUUCAACGGAAGAUACCAGAGUUGCUAUCCAGUUGGAAUCUAAUAAGGAAGAUAUUGCGAGCUUGUUGUUGAGAGAUGGUUUAGCGAAAGCCUGUGCCCCACCCCCAGAACCCGAAUUACCUUUGCUGAUUGGACAGCAAUUCAGAGCGUUGUUGCUCAGCGUUAACAGUUUGGGUGAUUUCUUGAUGUCGUUGCAGAACGGUGCUUUGUUGAAAUGUACUGUUUUUAAUCUAAGUCAGUCAACAGAAACGUGGGAGGAUAAUCUCAAGGACAAAAUCAACCAGAUUUUGAUUGUUUACGUUGACGACUUGAAGGAAGAUAGACUCGAGGUGACUUUAUACGACCAAAAUGGUGCGAAAAUAAAGCUCAUUGACAAAGACGAAGGCGCUUACGAGUCGGUAGAACUCCUCUGUCCUUACCUAAUUCUCCAUUCACAAAUCUCCGGUGAAAUAGCCCACAUUGAAGAAACCACAGUUUACCUCCAACCGGCCGACUGUGCCGAAAACAUUCAAUAUUUCCUAAAUACAGCAUUCGAAUAUUAUGAAAGUUUCACCCUUGAAGAGCCCAUAACACCUACGGAGAGUUUUGUUUAUGCCGUGAAAAGCUCAGAUACUAAUUGGUAUAGAGGCCGAGUAGUAAGCCUUGACGAUAAACAAGUCAUGGUGAAUUACCUAGAUUACGGCAACUCUGAACAAGUUAAUUUCGAUGUUUUGCGAGAGCUUACCGCUGAAUUUAUGGAGAUACCGAUUUUGUGCAUUCCUAUUACUAUUAAAGACACUAGGGAAGAAUUAAUCGGGAAAUUUGUUUCCAUUAAUUUGACAUUUACGGAAACCGGUGUAGAGGGAGCUAUCCAGGAAGAAGUAGUGACUACAGUGCCGACUCAAGAGACACCAAAACCGAAUCUCGAAGAAGUGACUCAAACUGAAGAGACACAAAAACCGAAUCUUGAAGAGCUGAUUCAAACCGAACAAAUUCCUACUGAAUCUGUUACUUGUGGUACUCAAGUCGUACUAAGUCAUACCGAUAGUCCAAGUGAUUUUUAUUUGCAACUAGCCGAGUCGAUUGGAGUAAUUGAAGAGUUACAAGCGAGAAUUCAGGAACAGAUUCCUGAAAUGGCCGAUAUUGAAAAUCCUGUUAUUGGGGCACUUUGUGCUGCACCUUACACAGUGGACCAACAGUGGUAUCGAGCACAGGUUUUAGACGCCGACAGUGACAUAACCACAGUACGUUUUGUCGAUUAUGGCAACACUGAUGUACUGGAUAACCACACGACCCGAGUGAAAACCCUUCCAACUGAUUUACUCUCUUUAGAAGUCCACGCCACGAGGUGUCGUCUCAAAAUCAAACCUAUCGACGAAGAAUGGACGACUGUGGCGUCAGAACGUUUUGAACAAUUGGCAAGCGUUGAGAAUCUCACAGCACAAUUUAUCAGUCAAGAUGAAAAAACCAACUAUGUGGAGUUGUACUCAGACGGAGCCAACGUUCGUGAAAUUUUAAUUUCCGAGAAUUUGGCUUUUCCAGAUGAAGUCGUACCGGAAGCCAGCAGCACUCUCGGCUUUGUUAGUCACUUAAAUUCGCCAUCUGAAUUCUGGAUCCAGUUUGAAAACUGUGUCGAAGGUCUCGAAUGGGUCGCCGAACAACUAUCCGGGGCGGAAACUUUUCAGGAACUCGAAGACUUGUCUCCGGGCGUGUUAUGCGCUGCAUUGUUUCCUGACGAUCAAAUGUGGUACCGUGCCCGGAUUUUGUCAAACACUGUGGCCGGAAUCGAAGUACUGUUUGUAGAUUAUGGUAAUUCUUGUACCAGCUGUAGUCUGAGAGAUCUUCCCGAGGAUUUGGUAAUGUUGCCACCGCUUGCGCAGAAGUGUAGUUUACAAAAACCAGAAAGUUUGACGACUUGGGGACCGGAAAUGGUCCGUAAAUUUAUCGAGAUUUCGGCGGAUGGUCAGACGACCUUCCAUGUGAAUAAAUUGAGUACUGGGGAGACGGCGUCAGUUGUUUUGUUACUUGAUGGUGUUGAUGUGACGACUCUGAUUGUACCCCAGACUGAAGAAGUGCAAGUUAAAAGUUUUGAAGGGUUGGAUGAGAUUGUGUUGGUUAAGGGAGGCGAAGAGCUGCAAACGAAGUUUAAAUUGGAGCCGCUUCCGGAUAUAGCCUGGAGUGAGGAGUCGAUAAAGAAGUUUGCGGAGAUGACUAAUGACGAAAACACAGUCUUCCAGGCUGAGUUCGUUUCGGAUGAUACAGUUAGGUUGUAUCUUGGUUUGAAUGAUAUUCGACUUGAAUUAAACGGUAUUAAAUCCACAACCCCGGCAUCUAGUCCUCUGAAAACCCGAAUAAACGACACACAUUCCACCGAUGAAACUAGUACAAGCGGUACUGAACCGAAUCUUGACGGUAAUGAGGGGUUUGUAAAAGGUUUGGUUGAGGGAAUCAUAGAGGGGAGCACUAAUCCUCAUGAGUGUGUUGAAGAGAAUGUUUGCGAUGAGGAGUGUAAAAAUAUUAUCAGGUCACUACUAACUGACAUUAUCGAGGCGAGUACUAAUCAGAGCGAAAGUAAUAAUCAAAUCGAGAACAAACAAAGUACUAACCAUGACAUUGAUUUGAGUGUUAAGUCAACAGAAAACCCAGUUCAGAGUGAAGAAAAAGUUCCUGAUGAGAAAAAACAUUUCGGUCUGGAUGUGAGUACUGAAGACUCGGCUGAACAAGUUCCAACUCUUGGCGAGAAAAAGGAAGCUGAAACUGUGACUCUAGAAGAAGCAUCAACUGUUAGUGUGAAAAAGGAAGCUGAAACUGCGACUUCAGAGCAAAUUCCAGCUGUUUGUGAGAAAAAGGAACCUGAAACCGUGACCACAGAAGAAGCUUCAACUGUUAGUGAGAAAAAGGAAGCUGGAACCGCGACUCCAGAAGAAGCUUCAACUGUUAGUGAAAAAAAGGCAGUAGAAUUAAGUCCAGAAAAACCCACUGAAGACAAAACAGGAGCAGUUAAAGAAACUUUAGAUGUUCCAAAACCUGAUAAUUCCAAUAACCUAGACAAAUCUGAAAUGUUGGAUGAGGUAAAAGAAAAUAACCAGUAACUUGUUUAUUUUCCACACCCCACCACCAGUGAUAAAAUCUGAAAAUGUAAAUAUACAUACUAUUAAUAUUAGAAUUAGUUUUUAGUAUUUUUAUAUUCAUUCAUUUUUAAUACUGAUAUUUCGUUCUCUUUUGUUGUUUAGGACGUAAAGUCGAAAAUUGUUAUUGUUUGUUACCCUUUUUUUAAUAUUAAAAAUAUAUUAAACCAUUAAAUAUUAACUUGUACCAUAUAUUUUGAUUUGUUGAUUCAGAAGUUAGUUUGUUUCUUUAAUUGUAUUCAGUUCUUCAAUAAAACUAUCGUUUCAA